AUGACACAUAACGGGUCACACUGUGUUUAUGAGGAGAUUAUGGUGCUUUAUGAGGACUGGCAGCAUGGCACAGGGGUGAAGACGGGAGAUUAUGGGCGAUCUGUAUCAGCAAACAUCCUCCGUCUUCCUCUGCUGAGCAACUUUGCCCAACUCUCUGUGAACUCUCCCAGAGUUGCGUCUUUGGAGUUUGGCAGAAAGAGGGAAAGUAAAGUGCUGAAUGCUGAUUUGAGGCAUUAUCUUAGUCUGCAGUUCCAAAAAGGAUCAAUCGACCACAAACUGCAGCAAGUGAUUCGAGACAACCUGUACCUGCGCACCAUUCCAUGUACCACCCGGCUGCCCAGAGAUGGGGAGGUUCCAGGAGUGGACUAUAAUUUCAUCAGCAUGGGGGAUUUUCGCAUCCUGGAAGAGAGUGGAUUACUGCUGGAGAGCGGAACAUAUGAUGGUAACUUCUAUGGCACUCCCAAACCUCCUGCGGAGCCCAACUUGGUUCAGCCUGACCUGGUCGACCAGGUUUUGUUUGAGGAGGAUUAUGGCACCGAAAUCCAACGAAAGCGAACAACCUCCGUCAGCAAGAUGGACCGCAAGGACAGUGUGGUCCCUGAGGAGGAAGAGGAUGAGGAACGGCCACAGCUCCCAAAUGGCAUCCCAGAGAGGACAGAGGAGUGGAGGAAAGCUGUGCCCAGCUACACUCAGUCCAGUGGUGGAGGCAGCGCAGGUGGCAGUGGGACACUGGAAGUCCACACCUGGAGCUCUUUAGCCAGAGACGACAGCCUGGAGCCCCUGCCGUGCAACUGGGAAAUGGCCUACACAGAGACGGGCAUGGUCUACUUCAUAGACCACAACACAAAGUCGACUACAUGGUUGGACCCGCGUCUGGUCAAAAAAGCCAAGCCCCCUGAAAAGUGUGAGGAUGGAGAACUUCCAUAUGGUUGGGAGGAGAUUGAUGACCCGCAGUACGGCACAUACUACGUUGAUCACAUAAACCAGAGAACCCAGUUCGAAAAUCCAGUACUAGAGGCCAAGAGGAAACUCGGUUUGGACACCGCAGUCGCAACUCAGACCCAACAGAGGGCAGCACCUCCUCCAGGUGGAGCGGCUGGUACGCCCGGAUUCACACGGGACCUGACCCAGCUGAAGGGGGAGCUGUAUCACACGGCUCUCAGGAAGAGCCAGCAGGGGUUUGGUUUCACCAUCAUUGGUGGAGACCGACCUGAUGAGUUCCUGCAGGUGAAGAACGUUCUUGCUGAUGGCCCGGCCGCACAAGACAACAAGAUGGCCUCUGGUGAUGUUAUUGUGGAAAUCAACGGCACACUUGUGUUAGGCAAGACCCACGCAGAUGUGGUCCACAUGUUCCAGUGCAUCCCAGUUAAUCAGUAUGUGGACAUGGUCCUCUGUCGCGGAUACUCGCUCCCCCCUGACGUGGACGCCGACAGCGAGGACCUUCCCCCUCCACCUCCACCCACAACAGGAGAGAUCGUAACCGCCGUACCCCUCAUCAACGGCCAGCCACUGCUGGUCAAAGGUGACGCCCUUCACGGCUCCUCCCAAGAGCUUCACUAUGUAACCACAGACGCCAGUGGGCGGCCGGUGAUCGCUGCACUUCCAGGAGGCAGCAGCGGUGCCAACGACAGGCCCGAGACUGGGAUGCUACAGCCGGAGCUGGUGAGCGUGCCAAUCGUGAAGGGACCUGGAGGAUUUGGCUUUGCCAUUGCAGACUGUCCGCUGGGGCAGAAGGUGAAAAUGAUCCUGGAUGAGCAGUGGUGCCGAGGCCUGCUGAAAGGAGAUGUGAUAAAGGAGAUUAACAGGCAGAAUGUGCAAACACUGAGCCACGCGCAGGUGGUGGAUAUACUGAAAGACCUCCCUGUGCACAGCGAGGUGAAUCUGUUGGUGUUGAGAGGAGGUCAGACAUCGCCUGUGAAGAGUUUAAGACCUAGACCGGGGUUGAGUGCCAGCACUGAGACUCUGGACCAUUGCCAUGACACCAUGGUUCCCCAGGCUUUGACCUAUCACUCAAACACACUGCCAUGUAGCUCUCCAAAACAAGACGCUUCCCUCCACUACAGAAAACCCAAAGCCUUGCAGGACAGCAUAGUACCUCACUAUAAAGAAUUGGACGUGUUCAUCAAGAGAGAUCAGGAGACAGGCUUCGGCUUUCGUGUGCUUGGAGGAGAAGGCGUUGAACAACCAGUCUACAUUGGUGCCAUCAUUCCCCAAGGGGCGGCAGAGAAGGAAGGCCGGCUGAGGACCGGAGAUGAGCUCGUUGGCAUCGACUGCAUCACCGUGAAGGGAAAAUCUCACAAGCAAGUUCUGGAUCUGAUGACUAACGCAGCACGCAACGGACAAGUGCUACUUUCAGUGCGCAGGAAGGUCAUUUACAAAGAUGCCCCGGAGGAUGUUGGGAGUGGAGCGCUGACCCUUGUAAAUGGCUCACCUCGGCUUCCACGUAUCCAGGUGCCAAGCGUCAAGGACCAGGGGUCGUUUGAUAUCACGCUCCAUCGUAAAGAUAACGAGGGCUUUGGCUUUGUCAUUCUCACAUCGAAGAACAAACCGCCACCUGGAGUGAUUCCUCAUAAGAUUGGUCGAAUAAUCGAGGACAGUCCGACUGACCGCUGCGGAUUGCUGAAUGUGGGUGACCGCAUAUCCUCUGUGAACAGCCAGUCCAUUGUGGAGCUCUCCCACAAUGAUAUUGUUCAGCUUAUCAAAGACGCAGGGAACUCUGUCACACUCACCGUGGUUCCUGAGGACGAGUACAAAGGCCCGCCAUCAGGAGCCAGUUCAGCCAAACAAAGUCCUGCACCGCAGCACAAGAUUCUCAAAUCCACUCAGGAUGAGAGAUAUAAUUUGGAUAUGGAUGAGAUCAGGGAUGAGCUCGCACGGAUGGAGUAUAAAGCUCUUCCCAUGAGUGAACAGGGAACGCUGUGUGUCGCCAACUCCAAACAGGGCUGUAUUGCAGUAGAGUUGGAGCGCGGACCUCGUGGUUUUGGCUUCAGUCUGAGAGGAGGAACGGAGUAUAACAUGGGCCUCUACAUCCUGCGGCUGGCUGAGGACGGCCCCGCACUACAGGACGGCAGGAUACAUGUAGGAGAUCAGGUAGUGGAGAUCAAUGGAGAACAGACUCAAGGCAUCAGUCACACUAGAGCCAUUGAGCUGAUCCAAGCUGGAGGAAACAAAGUGCUACUGUUACUGCGACCGCAAGCCCUCUUAUCAGAGAACAGUUGUGUAAGCUCCUCUGCGGUGUGUUAUUGCCCCCAGGAGUAUCAUCACUAACAGCCUCUUUUCCUCUAGGUCUUUUAUUCUUUGGUUCUGCUGGAGAUGUUAUCCUUCCUGAUCUGCCGAGAUCCAACAUUCCUCUCAGUUCUCCUCUCCUUC